GUUGGCUUCCACCUCUAUUCUGAAUUUUGACUCACCAAUCGACUUUUACAGCCUCCUGGAAAUUAAUUUGCAAUUGCUGACAGCACCGAUAAAGGCAUCAGGAUGACUGGCAUAAUGGACUCGGUGGAAAUGCCCAAAUUACCGGAAAACCAGAAGACCUUCGCCGGCAUCCCGGAGGCAGUGUUCCUGGAGGAGAUCGACUCGUUCAUGGCGCAGCCGGAGAACGAGAACUGCGAGAAGGUGCUCCAGCGGCUGGACGAGCAGCACGGCAAGUACCGAUUCAUGGCCUACAACCUGGAGGCGCGGCGGCGCAAGCUCAAGUCCCAGAUCCCCGACCUGGAGCGCUCCCUGGAGAUGGUCAACGUGCUGCGCAAGGAGGACGAGGAGCGCGAGACGCAGUUCCUGCUCAGCGACCAGUUGUUUAUCAAGACGCUGGUGCCGCCCACAAAAACAGUCUACCUCUGGCUGGGGGCCAGUGUGAUGCUGGAGUAUCCGCUGGACGAGGCGGAGGCGCUGCUCAAGCAGAACGUCACGUCAGCGGUGGGCAACCUGAAGUCCGUGGAACACGACCAGGACUUCCUCAGGGAUCAAAUCACAACCACGGAGGUCAACAUGGCGCGGGUGUACAACUGGGGCGUGAAAAAGCGGCAGGCCGCUGCCAAGACCAACGCCACCCCACCCGCGUAAGGAGCUGCUCCGUAACCCCAUCCCAAGAUCAACAUCAACAGCAGUCACUGCUACGUCUCGCGUAUUAUUUAUUUCGACAGUACACCGAAAGGGCUCGGCAGGCACGACCACCUGCCCUUUUCUCGUUCUUCACUGAUAACAAUAAAACCGCCACAAAACGCAUCAAAUGGA